CCGAGUUCGCUAAGGGAUUUACGUUUUCUUUAUAUCAUUACAUCAGAUUCAAACAUGGAUCCUGAAGGCGAGGCCUUGCAGAUGCACCUUCUACAUGGUUACACUUCGAAUUCUAAAAAAACCCCAAAAAUAUAUACGUUACUGUUAGACUAUUUACGAACGAAGAACAUUAGACAUUUUAAGUGUCUGAUAGAUGAGAGUUUAAAAAAACAACCACCUGUUAUCGAUAUAAACUAUGCUUAUCCAAAUCGAUCGAACGAAACUUGUUUGGACAUUGCGUGUAAGAAUGGUCUUCCAGAAUUCGUAAAGUUCUUACUAGAGAAAGGGGCGACACUAAAUAGGGUUAACGAAGCUCACAACCGAGGACCAAUCCACUUCGCUGUCGACUAUGGCCACAGAGAUAUCCUCAGUAUAUUAUUAGACGAACUUACUAUAAAUCCAAACCUGGAGGCUGGACAACAAACAGCUCUGCACAUAGCGGUGAAAAAGAAUGACGAGGAGUCUGCAUCGUUGCUCUUAGAAAAAGGAGCCAGUCCUAAUAUUCCCAAUAACAAAGGUCUGACUGCCUUACACAUGGCAGCCAUGAAAGGCCAAAGAAAUAUGGUGAACCUAAUUUUGCAGAAAGCCAAGAUUUUGGAUUUAGAUACGUAUAAAGACUAUAAUAACCAAACAACUAGAGAAGUGUUGCAAAAGAAGCUACCAAAUAUUCAGUUACCACCUGUCGAAAAACGUGGCGUAAACGUCCAUGAUUUGAAAUAUUAUUUAAACGCCAAUGACGAGAUGAAUUUUUUAAAAUGCCUGCAGAUUGUCCAUUCUGACGUAGUAAACAAUGUUGCAGAGGACCUGAUCGAAAUGGCCGUGCAGAAAAACUUCGAGGAUGCAGUCAUUGCAUUGCUAGAAAAAACAAGAGGAAUUGGAAGUAACUUGGAAAAGGCUGCAAAUUUAGCUGUUCAAUUAGGGUCACCAUACAUCCUUCGUCGAAUACUAGAUACCGAUGUUGAAGUUAAAAAUGAAUUGUUAUUAAAUGCUUGCCUAGAGCUUGGUAUACCAGGCAAAGAAGGAUCAGGAAGCAUGGAUGAUCGAUUGGAAUGUUUGAAAUUGAUCCUGCAAAGAGAGGAUGUGGAUGUUCGAUGCAUUGAUAGUAAAGGAAAUACUCCACUUCAUUACGCAGCUAGGGCUGAUUGUCGCGAAGCCGUGACCCUGCUGCUCGAAAAAGGAAGCUACAUCGGUCACAUGAACCACUUUGGCGUUCCUCCAGUUGCCGAUAUUUCCGUGUCCACUUUAUCCCAGUACUUUGACGAUUGCAUACAAGCUAGGGAAGAACGAACAAACGAGUACACUAUCGAAUUUGAUUACAAAUGUUUAAUGUCUCACGACACCUCUUAUAUGAUAGAUCAUCAGAAAAAUUUAAUUGCACAAGAGAACCGAGAAAUGGAUGUUUUUCAAUAUAUCGCUAGUAACAAUGGCUUAAAACACUUACUGACGCAUCCUCUGUUGUCUUCUUUCUUAUACCUCAAAUGGCACCGAAUAAGAUAUAUUUUAUAUCUAAACUUUGCAUUUUACGUUCUGUUUUAUCUACUUUUGAACACUUAUAUUCUGUACACCACUUAUGCAAGAGAUACACAGAUAUCGACAAACUCGAGCAAAUAUGUCAACGAAGAAAUAAAAGAAUCAUCUUUCGUCUAUAUUCUACAAAUACUCACUGGCAUCGCGAUAUUGUGUCUCGCAAUCAGAGAAAUCCUUCAGUUUCUUUCUUCACCGUAUCACUAUGUAUCCAGUUUGGAAAAUUGGAUCGAAAUGGCAUUAAUAAUACUCGGAUUUUUUAUUUUAAGCGGACUUACACAAGUUGCGGCUAUAACAAUAUUAUUGUCUGCCUGGGAAUUGGUAAUUUUAAUCGGCAAGCAUCCUCGAAUGUCCACCGCUAUCGAAAUAUUUAAAUCGGUAUCGUUAAACUUCAUACGGUUCCUGUUCCUUUAUGCAGUUCUUAUCCUAGCCUUCGCACUGGCUUUCUUCACUCUCUUCAAGGAUGAUGAUAAUACAAAUUUCCCAGAUCCUGGACAUUCGUUAUUCAAAACUAUCAUCAUGCUCACUGGAGAGUUCGACGCUAAUGAUAUUUCUUUUGUGUCACAUCCCAUUCUUAGUCAUCUUGUUUUCAUGCUCUUUGUUUUCCUUAUUGUAAUAGUAUUGUUCAAUUUAUUAAAUGGUUUAGCAGUUAGCAAUACUGCAGAUAUACUUAGAAAGGCUGAAGUAAUUGGGCUAAUUUCCAGGGUACAAAUUCUUGCUUACAUCGAAAACAUAGUUGUUCGCAAACCUUUUAUACGUAGGCCAUAUUAUUUGAUUUGUUGCAGUUUGUUGCAUGCUCGGAGAUACAAUCCAUUGGCAUUCCUCGUACAGAAAAUUCUUCUUUUCCCGACCUACUUGAAUAGCGGUAAGCUAAGUGUAAAGCCGUACAAUAAUUUCGAAACUUAUAAGGCAAGGUCAGAUAAAAAUUCGAAAAACAAAGCGUUACGCAUCCUUAAUAUGGAUCCACACAUUAUUAAACAAGCUAAAGAUAUUUUAUUGAGAAGAGGUAGAGAAUCGAAUAAUGAAAGAAUAUUCAGUAAAUUGGAGAAUUUGGAGAAAAGACUUAGAAUGGUAGAGAUUAUUUUAAAUUCUAUAAAAGAUGCCAUAAUUGAGAAUAAUAAUCUUAAUGUUGCGGAAUGCAAUGCAAAUUAA